AGUGUGCGAACGGUUGUCCAUGGGUUUAUUUGGUUCGAGCCGCGCUUUAUUUUCUUUUAAUUAUGUACUCCGAUCACAAAUGUGGGUCAAUUAACAAGCAGCCAUCGGCCCCCAUUGAUGUCGUGAAAAAUCGGGAUUAAACAAUGCCGCAGACGUGCUGCCAGGACAAUGCAAACAAUUGUCAGAAUUUAAAUGCAGCAGCAGCGGACCGCAAAGUUUCCACUCGCUAUCCGGUUCAAUGUUCGCGUAAAUUAUGCCGACAUAUGUCGGACAUCUGGCGACUGAAAGCGCUUGCUCCGAAUUUCGAUUUUUACCCGUUUUUUUUCAGGGCAUUGUCGCUUUACAAUGCGUAGGUUGCUGUUUUACGAUUUUGAGAGGGCGGCAACAGCUUUCGUCUAAUUGCCAUUGGCAUUAAGCCAACUGGAGGGCUUCGUUUAAUACUACUCACUACUCAGGAAUAAACAACGAUGGAACAGUCUCAUCAAUCAUUUUACCAGCAAGUUUCAAUCCCUGUAACUGUCUCAUCGUAUGCCUUUGGCCUGAGAUAAAUAAUCGAUGAGCAAGCUCAAGUUUUUAGACAAGAAAUCUUAUUUAUUCAAACAAAAAUUUGUACAAUACCAGUAAGAGUAUUGUAUUUUGUUAACUAAUGAUUAAAAUAACCAGAUUUUUGCUGAAAAAAUAAAAUUAAAUGUAUUAGCUGGAAAAUAAGUUUGCAAAGAAUUGUUUGUCAACAGAAAUUAGGUUUGUGGAGCAUUGCUUGUCAAAGCCAUUGUGGGUUAUGCUCGAUAAAUUCAAAGCGAACUGGAGAAACCUUUUCCUGACCAACACGAAUCAGAUCUAGAGGAUACACGAGCGGAAUUUCAACCUGAACACGCAUAGCAGGGGCUUCCAGUUUAACUGACUUCGAGAGGCUGCCAGGUGAAUAUAUCCGAUUUGGCCAUGAGCAGUGUGAUCGGGCAUAGAUUUCUGGUGCCCUAUGAGUGCAAUGUGUGCCAAAACCUUGUGCGUGGAGGUGUGAUCACCAUCUGCGGCCAUUUAUUUUGCUGGACCUGCCUGUGGCCCCGCCUGAGUGGAAAUGGCGCUCCGCAGUGCCCUCAUUGUCGGCACCGCUUGAUCCUGCACGAGGACAUCGUGCCCUUCCACGGCGAAGGACCCAAUGCCGACUCCGAUGACAAUCUCUCCCUGGCCCAGCCAGGUUCAGUGCCCCGUCCAACGGGUAUGUACCUCACCGACCCUUGCCCUGACUGGUUCAGGAUCAACGAUCCCAUCGAUAGGCGUCCUGGCCGACUGGCCCGGCACGAAAUCACCCGGGGGCUGGACCUCUACUCCGUGCUGACGCGUCUGCCGACCCAGCAUCCUUGGGUAAGGCUUCAGCUGCGAUUCCUCAAGCGCUUCCAGCUGGUCUGCGCCAUCCUGAUGUGCCUGCUGUGGUGCUUGGUCUCAGUGACCUAACACAUACUCGUAUUCCACUACUUUUAAUUUGUUCUGAUUUAGUUCAUUGUUGACGUUUGGCCAAGGGGAAAAGCUCAUAAGCUCGACCAGGCCGCAUUAAAUUUCUGUAAUUGCCUGCCAUUAA